AUGCGCAGCAAAAGCGUGGACCGCGGGGCGCGAAUAAAAGUGGGCGGGGCCGAGUGGUGGUGGAACCACGGCCCGAACCGCAGCACGGCCGAGGACGCCCCCGCGGAGCCGGAGGACCCGUUGCAGGCCCAGCUCGACCGUCUCUACCGUCGAAUCCUCAUGUCCGCCAAGAGUUCGCGACGCUCCUCGCGACGCGGCAGCUUGUUGGAGAACCCGUUCGCGCCCCAACAACCCAAAACCUCGCCGCAUUUUGUGCAUGUGCAAGAGAACGGUACUGGUUACUGCUGUUGUGGUAGUCGUUUUAGUCGGAUUUCUUCUUUUUUCGUUUUUUUUUCCUUUUUUUCACUUUUUGCUAUGUAAGCACGCUUUGUUGCAUUUUUAUUCGUUUUUUUGAAAUUUGAUUUAAUUUGCUCGAGGCUAAAUUCCCCUCAGGCUUUUGACGUGCCAUGAUCUUUAUUUGUGGCUUCCCUUUUGGCCAUUUCACUCGUUUAGUAUUGCUUAUUUUCUCAAAACUUUUCUUCCACUAGAUUUGCAUUGCAAAUGUACAUAGUUUGGUCAAUUUUAAAACAAUAAUUACUCGUUCUCUUUUACAAAUUAAUUGUAAAAUCGUAGGACUCAUAGACAUUAUAGGACCGCGAAUUUUGUGAGGACAGGAGAAGUGUAAGAUUAUACUUAUGUAGACGCGAAAGUAAAACGAAGGCAGAUUUGGAAUUGAGCGGCUAAUAGUGUAAACAGAGGUAUAAGAAGGAUACUAAAGAAGACGCAAGGAUUUUUGAGACACCACGGCAGAACUGAGAUUAAAUUUUUCAUUUUUUUCAGACGUAAGAAAGCCUUCUAACGAAAAGGUCAGAAAACUGUCCAAAACACAAACUGUUUACAGGAGAAGUUUCUUAUUUUUAGUGGAGACAUGCCGAUUUUCGUCAAUAUUUUCUUAUCGGUUAGCAGCUAACCACAAAUGCACAAGUCUCUGUGAGUUUUAGGUUUCGUUUUCCAGCUAUAUGCCGUUGGAAAACCGCGGCAGUUGAGAUAUUAAAAGUCGUCAAUGCGAGGGAGCGCCAGAAAUGAAGAGAGUCGGCCAGAUAAAAAGCGGCUUUAAUCCAUAACUUACCCAUUUCUGCAAGGAUGAAGAUGAUUUUUUGCAGAAAUUGUACACUAAACAAAUAGUCGGACCAAAAAUUUUUAAACCAAAAUUAUAAAAAAAGUCAUCUUUAACUGUUUCUGAUCCAAAACUCUCUGUGUUUUUCGUUAUUCUGAUUGCUAUAAUAAAAUGUUCCUAAUGAACAAAAUUCCAGAAGUUUUGGUUUAUUUUUCUGAAUCUUCGACUUAUUGAACUCAAAUUAUAGUCCUUUCCUAAAUCCAGUUCCAAACUAUUGGUUCAAACACUCCUCUUUUUUUGUUUGGAUUUCUCUUUUUUACAUCCACGUCUAUGGCCACUUCAUUUCCACUUGUAUUUGCACUCAAUUUUUGCAAAUUUCUAUACGCAAAUUCCUCUUGUCUGCGAAAAAAGGAGCAAAAACUUUUUUGGACGUCACAAGUCCCUUCUGCAUAACAUAUUAUAAACCCCUGAGGCAAUUACAUUUUUAUUUUCAACUAGUUUUAAGGAUAUUUUUGAAUUUUGUUUCGGUUUCCAGACUCAAUAAAUCUUCUGUUUAUGGCCUUAAAAUAAGGUCAUGAAAUGAUUUCUUGACUUUUUGCGGCCGAAAAAAGGGAAAAUUUAAUAAAAUUUAGGGGAUAUUUCCGGAAACAUUUGUAGGGGAAUGUCAAGACAUGACGAUAUUUGAUACUAACAAGUUUUUUCAAUCUUCAGGGUAAUUAAUUAAUGGAAAAACGGGUUUCCUCUGACUGCUCUCCUGAUUUGCCACACUCUCUGCAAGAUUUUCAGCUUUCGGAGAAAAUUUCGCCUACGCUUGUAAAGCGCAAGCUAAAUUUUUUUUUAAUUUUUUGCCUAGUCUCAACGAGUGUACAAAAUUGACGACAGUCGUGGCUUUGAUAGCGUUUUUUUUUUACAAAUUUUGAGCCGUUUCCUUUCUAUGACAAACAAAUCUCCUUUGCCCCAAAAUUUCUUCAAGCAGUGUGCCUUAAACUUUUUGAUUUUUCAAUAGCAAAUUGCAAUCUUUCGCACCUCCAUUUUAACUGAUGCUCAACGUUUCUAUCACUCUCCUGAUCUCACGAUUUCUGACGUCCUUUCCCCCCGUGUUUCUGUUCCUAUAAGUUACAGUUCAAGGCGUUGUCGAGGCCUCGAAGGUGUCUUCCCCUGACAAUUCCAAUGUUUUGUUUGUCUUUGACUGUUUCCCCGGAUCCCACUAAAUCCCCGCAGGGAACAACGCAAAAAUAUAAAAUUAAGAGGCUUAAAGUUUUGUUUCAACCGCGUAAUUAGAGGGGUUGAUUUUGGGUCUUAAUCUUAUGAACCUUACGAAAGGUGACCUCCAAUAAUAAAUAUUUAAAGUUUUUAGCUUACGCUUUGUGAAACCACAAAAAUGUUCCAAUAGGAAGUCACAAAAAAAAUUUUAAAAAUUCUUUUUUUAAAAAGAAAAAAAUUUGGCUACAGGCGUAGGAGUACAACUGCUGAUUUUGUGUGCGCACCUGGAAAAAGGGCAAAUCGAAGUUAAGAUUUUUAACGAUUGGUAGGUUAUGAUGCAAUAUUUUUAUCAAAGAAUGUCCUUGCAUUAAAUUAGAAUUUUUUUCGUUUUUGCCCAAGCCCUCAUCGAAAUUUGAAAAUUUUUUAAAAAAAAUUCCCUCCUUUAUAAUUACUGCGUUUUCAAAAUUACAUCGGUCAACUCAUAUAACAUCACAGAGUAAUUUUACAUAAAAAAAUAUUAUAAUUUCCGCUCUUUGCACUAUUUUUACUUUUCCUAAAUUUGUGUAAUUUUGAGUUCGUUCUGCACUUUUUAUUUAUGUAGUUUUGUAGUAGUUUAACUAAUUUUUAAUUACAUAUGUCAUUUCAGUUUUAGGCAGUGCACUGCCUUCCAGCCCCGUCUCCAACGGCCUCAGCUCACCGACUUCGGUGCAUUCUGUAACCACGGCGACUUACAACGGAAAUGCUGCGAAGUAAGGAUACAUUGACAAAAAAAUAACGAUGCUCGAGAUGCAAGGCUUAAAUUUUCUUCAAAUUUUGUAUAUACUGACUAUCUAGGGCACAUAUCUAUUCUUGAAAAUUUUAACUCGCUCUUAUCAACCUCAGCCUAGAUAUUGAGCAGUUUUUGGAUGCAAUGCUUAGCUCCUUUUUACUCAAAAAUCCAAUUUUCAGGCCCCAGCGACGCCAAUCGUUCCUGGGAUCGCUGUUUUCGGGUUCAAAGGAACGUCUAAACCAACCCUCCCUCUACUCCAAUGGCUACAGUCCGGCUUUAAACAAUAAUAAUCUAAAUAAUAAUAACGGAACAACCCCUUCCUCCACUUCUUCUGGAUACUGGUCUUCCUCUCGACAGUCCUCUCCGCGCACAGAAUACCCGUAUUCGGGAGCGCUGGGAAGGCAAAGAGCCUCGUCGGCUUCAGUUCAAUAUGUCCAAAGUGUGGUGGAGCAUCGGCCAAGCACCGCGAAAGAAGCGGCGUUGGAAACAUUCUCUGUGAUUGCGCAAAAGAGGAUCUGUGUGGUCAGGAAGUUCGGAAGUCAUGUGGAUAAUCAUGUAAGCUCUUUGAAAGUGGUCCCUUGUAACUAUAACUAUAAUAUACAAUCUCACAAUGCUCCAUAAUCCUUUUAGUCAUCAUUUUACCGUUCCAUUUUUAGGUGACAUCCCUCCUGGAUCGCCUGGGCCGCGACGCCAACACCGAAGCCACUUACCUCACCGUUGAUCAGCAGACUGGCGCCGAGAUCUUGGAUGCCGUCCAGCGACCUGGACUGCCGUUGGUCUUCAUCAACGGGGACUGCGUCGGCGGGAUCAAUGAGAUGAGGACAUUGCAUCGGACAGGAUACCUGGCAGAAGCACUAACCCCACACGAUUAUGAUCUGAUCGUUCUUGGGGGAGGUGCUGGAGGACUGGCUGCUGCUAAGGUGGGUGUUUGGCCUCUUGGAAAAGACUUGAAUUUUAUGUAUUUGUAUAUCAACUUUUUAUGACCUUGAAUACAACAAAAUCUUUGGAAUUCUGGAAAGGCAAAAAACCAAAAAUUGUAAAAGUAGAACUUAUGAAAAAAAACAAGGUCAAGGGAAGAAAGUUUCGAGAAUUUUCACAGUGUACAUUAGAUAUUUUUCUAUUAUUUUGUCAUCCAAUACCUCCAAAUUCAAGUUAUAUUUAACGAAUCCUUCCAAUCCGCUAAAGCCCUGAUUAGCGAUCCAUUAAAACGUAUCUUCAGGAAGCUGCCAGCCUUGGCAAACGCGUCGCCUGCCUCAAUUACAUCCCUGGCCAAGAAACGGGCGAAUCGAGACCCACUGCGUCCUUGAUUAAUAUCGACCGAAUCCCGAAGAAGAUCGUUCAACAAGCAGCUCUUAUUGGGAAUACAAUGAGUAAGUUAUGGGUACUUUUUAAUGAUCUUCUGGUCUUCAGAGAAUGCCGAGAAGUAUGGAUGGAAAAUCAAGGACAAAGAAGAGCAGGCAAACUUUAACUGGAAAACGUUGAGAGGACUGCUUCAGGAGCACGUUAAUGAGAUAAAUAAGGAGAACCAACAGAGCUUGACCGAUAGCAAGGUAGGAUUAUUUUACUGUCGAUUGGAGUGAGGGUCAGUCAUUUAGACAACAAGCUUGACGGGGGUUUUUUUUGAUAAUAUUAUAUUUCUGAUGACUAAACUAUAUAAACUUCCAGGAUACAAAAAAAAAUUUAAAUUCAUGGCGUUGAUUGUACUGAAAAUUAAAAGAAUACUCUUUUUGAAGCCGCUGGUUUUUGUUAACAGGGGAAGUACUCCAAGUGCGACGCUCAGAUUUUGAUGAAACUUGGCACAAAUUUAGAAUAUUUUUUUCUAAGAUAUAUGCGAGAAUCCUAGCUCGCGCUUUGCAGAAACAACCGAGAUUUUUAUAUCGAAAGUCGGCCAAAAUUUUGGCGUUUUUGCCGAAUUUUGGCACGAAAAUUUUCAUGCCUAUUUCUACCGUAAAGGAUAAUGUUUCUACAAAAAAUCAAAAUUUUCCGCACGAAACUGCCAAAGUUAUGGCCAAAAGCGGUUUUCUCUCUGACCGCUCUCCACGUUUAGCGUGCUCUCUCGGCCGCAAAGAUCGUUCAAUAUCUCGGCUUUGCCUUCAAAGCGCGAGUGCAAACUUUGAGGAAUUGAUAUUUAGUCUAUGCCCGAAGUGUGUGCAAAAUUUUUAAAAAAUCUGAGCGUCGCACUUGGAGUACUUCCCUUGCAAGGUUUUUUGGUACUUUUCAAAAUAUUGGAUAACGUCAUGGAUAACUUGAGUUUUCGUUUUUCCUUACAAUUUCAAUAAGAUCUGCAAAAAUCUAUUUUGAGCCUGUUUGAGACCAUUUGCAGGUGACCUACCUAAAUGAGCACGGAAUUUUCAACGGAACUCAUCAAGUCCUUCUCCAAGACAACAGAACCCUUUCGGCCGAUCGUUUUAUGCUCGCUGUUGGCCUCAAAUCCAAGCUUCCGCAACUCAAAAACGCCGUCGAUUGUUGCAUCGGAGCCGACGAAUUGUUCGCGCAGACGCAGAACCCCGGCAAGACCUUGUGUAUUGGAGAUUCUUACGUUUCUCUGGAGAUUGCCGGCUUCCUAAAUGCCCUGGGAAAUGAUGUAACAGUCCUACUCAGGUCGACUGUGAUCCGAGGGUUCGACGAGGAGGUCGCGGAGAAGAUUCAGAGACAUAUGGAGAGCUGUGGAGUCAAGUUUAUGACGUAAGUUGAUAUCAUCCUUGGCAGAAAUUGUUUUUUUUUGCUAAAAUUGGACUUUUUUAGUGGAAUUACAACGAAAUUGGAGAGGAAACAGCCUCGAACAGAUGAAUCACCGGGCAUUGUGACAGUGUCCGGCGAGCAAUCACUUCCCGACGGCGCCACUGAAGAAUUCGAAAUCGAUUUUAACACUGUAAGCAGACGAUUGUGUCAUAGAUAAUAUAAAAAUUAUAAUUUUAGGUGCUAUCAGCCGCCCAAAGAGAGCCAAGGACCACGAAUCUGAAUUUCCAAAAACCCAAUAUUAAAUUGAGCACCUCCGGCAAGGUGUUGGGACGGCAUGAGCAGUCGCAAACAGCCCCUCAUGUGUACACGGUGGGCGAUGUGCUGGAAGGAGCUAUGGAAUUCUCUCCGGUCUCAACUCAUUCCGCCAAAUUACUGAUGAGAAGACUGUAUUUGGUGAGUUUUGAGAGGAUUUUGGCUGUUUUAGGCUGCAAAAACAAAUGUUUAUAGUAUUAUCUAUGAUGAAUUUUAGGGCUCAAUGGAAAGAACUGACUACGAGCGAGUCCUAAUUUCCGUCCUGACCCCUCUGGAGUUCUGUUCUUGUGGGCUGAGUGAAAGAGAAGCGGCGCAGCACUUUGGAUCCGAGAACAUUACAGUUUAUACAUCCCCUAUCACCACAAUGGACGCUACAGUACCCGGGGACUGGCAGAAGUACGCUUUCUGCAAAGCGGUCUUCUUUAAAACCGAAAAUGUAAGUUCGGAGGGACUGUGUGCUAUUCUAGGAGUGAGAGGGGGAAUCAGUUAUAUGGAAAGUUUUUGCGAAAAUUUUUUUUGGCUAAAAAAGAUUAAAAAAAAUGAAAUUUACAGGGGAAGUACCUCAAGUGCGACGCGUAGAUUUUGAUGCGUCGCACUUACGGUGCUUCCCUUGUUAGUACCAAAAAGCAUCGCUGGGGCAAGUAAUUAAUACUUCUGACUUUGAAACAACGAUUUUGCUCGUGAAGUUCCGGCAAAAGUUUCUUUUUUUGUCUGUCCGACUCUCUACGUUUUGCGUACUCUCUCACAGAUCGUUGAAUAUCUCGUCGUGGAAUAUUUAAUUUUUUUGAAAAAAUUCGUAUUUUAGGAGCGUCUGGUGGGCUUCCAAGUCCUCGCGCCAAACGCCUCCGAAAUCUCCACGGGAUUUGCAAUGUGCCUCAAAUUAAAUGCCAAAAGGAAAGACUUUGAUCAACUACUGGCCGUCCAUCCGACCGCCUCGGAGGUAAGAAAUUGAUAAUUGAAAUUUCACUUUUUAAAAAAAAAUUUACAUUUUUUUAAACGAUGGAUUGAUAUAUGAAAUUGUAUAAUUUUCAGGCCUUCACUCGCCUCGAACUCCGCCAAAUCGAAGCCAAGAUGGCGACAUUUUGA